UUUUAACCCCGCGGUCUUACAGGUAAACAGUAGAUGUGACGACUGUCAGUCUGUCAUCCCUCUAGAAGAGAUAAGAAGCAAUGGCAUCAUACUUUGAUGAACACAACUGCCAGCCUCUGCGACAAGGGGAAACCCCAGACCACUUCCUCCACAUGGCUCGACUCCUACUUCAUGGAGGUUACUGGCAGAACCUGCAGCUGGAAUUCUCACAGAUUGUUGGCUUUGGAGAGAAGCCCCCACCUCCUGCAUCCAAAGAAUUUAUUGAGGGUCUUGAGACAAUUAUUGUGAAGAAGAAUGGUGGCCAAUGCCCAGUGUGUCUCAAAGAAUGGUCUGAAGGGGAUGAGCAGAAGCAGCUGCCUUGCCAACACAAAUUUCAUCCCACCUGUAUCUUGCCGUGGCUAGAGAAAACCAACUCAUGUCCAAUGUGUCGUCAUGAGGUUCCUACAGAUGAUGAAGACUAUGAGGAAUACCGAAGGCAGAAGAAAAGAGCCAAGGACAGGGAGGCAGAACUAGAAAUACUACAUGACUCAAUGUUUUCUUGAAGUGCUUUAUGAGUAAAUGUUAAAGGGAAAGAAAAGAUGUCUUUAUAUAAAGAUUUUAAUUCUUCAUUGUUAUUUUAUUAUAGUAACUAAUAUUCUCUUUCAAAUAUAUCUUGGAUCUUUAUUUCCAGUAAUAUAUACAUAUCCACUUAGGUAUUUUCUUGAUCAUAUAUCUGUCUAUAUUCUGCUGAGAAGUAGAUUAUCAUCAUUUUUUAAAUUCUUUUAUAAGUAAAUUUACUUAUGAAAUGCAGUAAUGGUCAUAUGUUGGUGCACAUGUAAGAAAAAAAUCUUUUUGGAAGAUAUAACUUUGGAACUGAUGACCGAUACUUAAUAAAUUAUAAGAAAAAUU